AUGGCUCCAAUCGACCCCAACAACCCUUCCUUUGGGUUUGAUCAGCCUGCUUUCGACUCCCAGGCCUUUCUCAAUGGCCUUGGCCUUGAUAUCGACACCCCUUUCAAUUUUUCCAAUGGCUUCAGCGACUAUGAAAUCCCCCGCGAGCUCCUGGAAAGGAUUGGCGAGCGCAUUGUCAGCCUUUCUCCCGAUGAGGUCGACCAGGAUCUUGGUUUUGACCAGCCCACUUCAACCUCGCUUGUCAACUACUCAGCCCAGCCAAUGACCUACAAUCUUCCCGCGCAUGCACCAUACAGCCAGGUAUCAUAUGACCCAUCAAUUGGGAUUCCAUACACCCUGGAGGACACUGAUGCCGACAAGGUCGGAAAGUGGGAGAACCUCAUCGCUCACGCCAAUUUGGCCAAGGCUGGCAUGCCACCCUCUCCUCCUCGGCUCAUUCAAGAAGAGAUUGUCGGACAAAGCCCCCAGUCUGUGGACUCGCCCAAUUCUCUGUUUGAAUCUCCUGGUCCCUCAUCUCCUGAAGCCUCAUCUCCUGAUGCCUCGUCUGCUGAAGCCUCGUCUGUUGAGAUUGUUGCGGCUCCUUACGCCACUCCAUCGACUCUGUCCCCUCCCCAAGCCCCUGCAAUUACAAUGGCACCUUCGAACGGUGCAACCAAUGUCACUGCAAAUGCCAUUCCUCGUACCGUGAAUCUCCCACGAGCACUGACCAACCCGAAGGGCUGUGCCCAACAUGUUUCCCCAUUUACUCCGGUUACGACAGUUAAUCCUCUUCCUGAUUCUGGCCCACAUUCCAGGGAGCUAGAGAACGCACGAUCACGCAUUCAGAGCCUCGUAAAAGAACGCAACUACUACCAACGCAAUUUGCGAAAGGCAACUGCCGUUGACCCUAAGACAGGAAAGACGACCCUCCAAAUGCUGCAGGCGCAGAACACGAGUCUGCGCCGCAUUAACGCCAAGCAAGCCCAGGACCUGCAGCAGCUCAAGGAAGCAGCUCAGCAGCAAAAGGAUCAGUUCGCUGCUCUUGGGGACAAGUACAACGUACUAGUGAUAGAACUCCAUAAGAAUACGCUUGAGCUUCGGGAGUUAAAGGGCCAGUAA